AUCGGGCUCCUCAGUGAGAAACCAGAUCUCUCGCGCUCGCUCCUCACUCUAAUCGGCAGCGACACCUUCUCUUUGGCAGGCAAAACUCUCAGUGGAAGCAUCACAAAUUCAGGACAGACCCAGCGCCUGAACGUGGUCCCCACCGUAACCAUGCUUGGGGUGAUGAAGGCCAGGCUCGUGGGAGCCACCCGAGGCCACGCCCUCCUCAAGAAAAAAAGCGACGCCCUCACUGUUCAGUUCCGCCAGAUCCUCAAAAACAUCGUCUCGACAAAAGAAUCCAUGGGCGACGUCAUGAGAAAUUCCAGUUUCGCCCUCACGGAGGCCAAGUACGUGGCUGGCGAGAACAUCAAGCACGUCGUGCGAGAAAACGUCCAGUCAGCAGCCCUCAAAGUCCGUUCGUACCAGGAGAAUAUCGCAGGGGUAAAGCUCCCGAAAUUCGAGUACUUCAUAGAAGGUGGCGGCGAGACCAAGAAUGACUUAACCGGGCUUGCCAGAGGCGGGCAGCAGGUGCAGGCCUGCCGGGCAGCUUACGUGAAGUCGAUCGAGCUUCUUGUUGAGCUGGCGACUCUCCAGACGUCUUUCUUGACGCUCGACGAGGCCAUCAAGACCACGAACCGGAGGGUCAACGCUCUCGAGAACGUGGUCAAACCGAGGCUCGAGAACACGAUAACUUACAUCAAGGGAGAGCUGGACGAGCUCGAGAGGGAGGACUUUUUCAGGCUGAAGAAGAUUCAGGGUUACAAGAGAAGGGAGGUCGAGAGGCAGCGCGAGGCGGCCAAGGCUUUCGAGGAGGAGAAGUUUGCGGAGGAGAUUUCGCUCGAGAGGGGCGUUUCGGUAAAUUCGGUCCUGGACAUCUUGGCUGGCGUUGGUUGCGAGAAGGAUGAAGACAUAAUCUUUUGA